CACGGAUUCGCAAUUCGCACUCUUCUGGUUAAACAAUUUAAGGUUAUGUUGUGUACAGACGUUGUACAAAUAAUUUGAAAAUGCCAGUACAAAGCGUGCCUAUCCGAGAUCCCGCAUUUCCGGUGAGGGUACUACAGCAAUACUUGAUUUUGUUAAAGCAAUAUCCAAUCAUCACCAAAUCGGUUACGAGUGGUAUUCUAUCUGCUUCAGGAAAUCUUCUGUCUCAAGCUUUGGAGUACAGUAAAAAGAGUAAAGAAAAUAGCCCAAAGAAGAAAAUCAAUGUCCUGGGACCUGUACACUUUGGAAUUUAUGGACUUAUAAUGACAGGUCCAGUCAGUCAUUAUUUUUACAAUCUCCUGGAGGUGUUGUUGCCCACCACUGUCUCAUACUGCCUGGCCAAGCGUCUUCUUCUAGAGCGUCUAAUAUUCGCCCCAGCUUUCCUCUUGCUCUUUUAUGCGGUUAUGAAUGCCUUGGAGGGCAAGACACUUGCAGACCUUCAAAACAAACUUAAAGCUAGUUAUUGGUCUUCGAUGAAAAUGAACUGGAAGGUUUGGACCCCAUUUCAGUUUAUCAACAUCAACUAUAUACCUGUACAGUUUCGAGUGCUGUUUGCCAACCUGGUUGCCUUAUUCUGGUACGCCUACCUAGCCUCUGUCAGGAAAUGAAACCAAAUUUUAUCAACAGUGCCUAAACAAGCUAGUACUGGCUGAUGUAAAACUAAUCUACUGUAGUUUGUGCCAAUAAAAGACUGCUGUGCAUUAGAUACAACUUUUAAAAGUUUUAUAAGUAUUAAGUUUUCUAAGGCAGGAAAUAUUUGUAAUGCGAUGCAAUAUAACAGUGACAUAAUUACUGAUGAUCUUACACAAACAGUUGUUAUUGUAUUAUUUUUUUAAUUACUUUCAUCAUGAAUCAUGAUGCCCACAUGGAGUGUACCACUUCCUGUCAUUCUGUUACUUGUGAUAGAACUAAAAAUUAUUUGUUUUAAUUCAGUUAUUUGAAAACACGUUGACUGCAGUGCAAUGCUACUGGGGCAUGUUGUAAAAAAGGUCAGCAUUUGAUAAAUAAAGUGAGUAUUAUUUUCUGAAAAUAA